UCUAUAAAUUCGUGUUUUUUUAAUAUCUCGGGCAUUCUCAUCAGACGAGUUCAGAGUUUCAUGUUGGGUUGAAAGUUUCUUAGUCGUUCAAGAUGAAGAUGCUGAUGCUUUUUGCCGCUCUGUGCGGAUUGGCGAUGGCCACCCCUUUCGACCAGGCUGCGUACAUGCUGCAAGAAACUGCACCUAUGGGACUUGUGGACGAGUUGACAGCACUGGGAUACACCAAACUUGUUGGAUUGAUUGAGAUGGCUGGGCUUAAGGAUACCCUCAACACUGGAGGCCCCUUCACUAUCUUCGCCCCUAACGACGACGCCAUUGCUGUAUUAACACCUGACAUGAUGAACAACAUGACACUGCUCGUCAACAUCCUAAAGGCCCAUGUGAUCGAGGGCAAAGUGAUGACGACAAUGAUCAGGGAUAAUCUGAUGGCUGGAAGCCUUUUGAAGGGAGUCCAGAUACGUAUCAAUAUGAACGUUGGAUGGCAGCGCACUUAUAUUGCUGCUAAUGGAGCACAGAUAAUUAUGUUUGACAAGGAGGCGAAAAAUGGCGUCAUACAUGGUAUGAACAGAGUCAUCUACCCAAUCCCAAUGGGAAGCCUAGUGGAUGCAAUGAAGAUGAUACCUGGCCUAAGUGCUACCAUGAAGUUGAUCGAGUUUGCUGGCAUAGAAUCCGCCCUCACAGGUGAAGGCCCAUUCACCAUCUUCGCCCCUUGUAACAAUGCCUGGAUGAAGAUUCCUUAUGCAAACGUCACGGCUUUGAUGGCAAACAAGACCGCACUUACAGAGCUCCUGACCUAUCACGUGGCUCCAGGCGCCUGGUACUCUACGGUCAUGAGGCCCGGAACUGUUAUCCCCACCCUUGAAGGGAAGAAUGUGCUGUUUAACCCAAUGACACCGGAGCAUUUAAGGGAUGUUAAACCAAUGCCAGUCUACCUUUACGUGAACGAUGCGGAAGUUAUCUUAGCCGACCAGUCGGUCGCCAACGGGGUCAUCUGGGUAUUGAACGAUGUCAUCACAAAACCUUCGUAUCUACCCAAAUAGACCUUAUCUGAAACCACCAUCAAGAAAUUACUAAAGUCUCAUCUAUUCCUUACUGAUUAAUAAAUGGAAACUGAUUUCCAGCACCCAUUUUGUUAUUCAUUUAUAUUUUACACCAUCUUAUCUGAACUUAGAAGCUUUGACGGAGGAAAAUCAUGUUCAUGUCUAGUUAUUAAAAACUCUCCGUGAGAAAG